AUGGCACUAGAGGAUACACUGCGUCUCCUUAUCCAUACUGCGCUACACAACAAUGUCCUUGGUGAUGGUAUUGAGACGUGGAGAGAUCUAUCAACACUCAGGUUUCCUCCCGGUAUGGCCGAGACUAGCCACCGCAUCCAACUCAACCAAGAUAUGCUCCAAGUCCCGGUCCUCAGAAGGAUAGUCCAACACAGAUUGACGGGGGAUGCCAUCCAAAUUAUUGAUUUAUUCCCUUGGAUUACCCGACUGGGCCAGCACGAUGGUAUUGGAACCAAGUUUACGGGUUACUGCUUACGCCGUGGUGCCGCAUACGUUCUCGCAAUGAAUGUCAGUGAUGACAUGCGAUGCUUCCUCAUGGGUCACAACCCAGGAAGUAAUGCUUAUGCAAAGUACUACCAGUCGAAAACUUCUACAAUCGACUUCCCAUCUAUGCUCCGUGGUUCAGACCAAACUUCAGCCUUACCACGGGGAAGUAUCCUUCUGAACCGCAGUGCCGAUGCUCUCCUAUCCCCAGGGCUAUUUGUUCCGGUACCCUCUGGCCUAUCACUAUCCUCAGACGGUGUGAAGCAGCUCCUACACAGCAACCCAGAAGCGCAUUCAGCCUGUAUGAUCAAGUGGUUCGGUAUCACCCAUCCUAUUGAUUAG